UAAUAUAUACAACAAAAUUAUUUUAAUAUGAUCAUCAUCGUGUCUAAGAAUUCCCAUUUCUAUAUAUAUUGAGUAAUUUGUGGCACAAAUACUUAAGUUUAUCUUUUAGUUGCAAUUUAAUACCUAAGUUAAAAUUUUGGCGCCAUAAAUACCUUCCGUUAUACUUUCAGACAUUUUGUAGGUACCUUGCUGUUAUCUUGCACACUGGACACCAGCUGGCAUGCCACAUCAUCUUAUUAAAUAGCCACCUAAUAUUAACUAUUAAAAUAAAAAAUUUAAUUUGAUUAAAAAAAAAAGUUUACAUAGAACUAAUUUAUUAAAUUUAUAUGAUAUACUCUGAUAUUAAUUAUUACCAAAUCAAUUGUUACCUUAAAAAAUAUAUAUUCUUGAAAAAACGCUUACUGUCCUAAAAAAAAAUAAACACUAAAACUUAGGAACCAGAAUCGGGGAAAGAGAAAGGUUGGGGGCUGGAUAUUCUUCGACCAGGACCCAAGAAUUUUCUGGCGUGACCUUCUUCUCCGACCACAUGAGGAGUCAUCAGCGUCGGGGAGAGAGAAAGUGUUGGGCGAGAGCUUCUUCUCUGACCACGGCAACCAGCCAUUAGCAUUGAUAAGAGAAAGUGGCAAGACCCUUUUCUCUGACCACGGGAAGCGACGGGAGCAGUUGAUUAUGGCGUUUUUCAGGGCUGGUGGUGAUCCCCCUAAUUACGGUAAGAUUUUUGGCCAAAAAAUUGCGAGUUGCUUUUAAAAUGUGUGGGUUUUUUGUGGUUUUUAUUUUGUUGGGUUCAAUAAUUGAGGUUAGAAAGGAGUUUGAUACCUAUAGAAUUGUGGUUGUUAUAUAAUAGUUUUUUUUUUUUUUUUGAAGUAUUGAGUGUGAUAAUGAUGGUAUUCAUUGGUGGGUUCCAUGUGAGGGAUUUCUGACCUUUAAAAAAUAUUCAAUUUUUUUUGGCAGUAUUGAGUGUGAAUAUUUAUUAAUCUAUUCUGAGUGGAUGAGAUUAUUUUGUAAUUAAAAAAUUUGGAGUUUUACACAUAAAGAAGUUAUAUGUUUUGGAAUUUUACAUAACACUGUUUGUGAGAAAGAGUGAGAAUCUUUAAAGUUUAUGGUUGGGUGUUGUUGUGUUAUUAUUGUAGGGACUUUAUGCAUGUGCACCUACAAAUAGUGGGGUCCAUUGUUCUAGAUUUCCAUGCUUGAUGAGAAGAAUGACAGACUUUUUUUAUGAGGCUUUGUUUUGAUUUUGUGAUCCAUACCAAGUUUUUUUUUUUCCACUUUGUAUAUACAAACAUUCUUCGUGUUCGUUUUUGCUCCCAUGUUUAGAUGAUUGAUACUCUUGAUCACUUACUGAACUGAAUAAAACACAAUGGUCAUUCAACACUUCAUCACCCAACUUUGUCCUUUGGCUAACAAAAGGUGUUGGAUAAUCCAUUGCUAUAAGACGAUGGCUUGGUGUGCAACUCUCACACUUAUUAAGGUCAAGUUUAUAAUUAUUAUUAUGUUUUUGUACUUCAAGGGGUAAAAAAUUUGUGAAUUCCACAAGUAAGUCUGGAUAAUCUUUAAACAAUAUUUCAACUUCUUUCUGAACUUAUGAGAUAGGUGGCUUGUUUACGUUUUUGCACUUGAUCAAAAUCAGUAAGAAUGAUUUAUACAUAUGAUCAUCAUUUUCUCCUUGGAAUCUGGUCUUGAUUUUCUCCACAAAAGUUUUUAUUUUGUUCCACUUUGUAUAUACAUACUGUUUUUUUAGAGAUACAGUCUUUUUUCUGCUUAGAAUAAUAUAUAUAGUUUAUAAAACAUAACUUGGCAUUGUGGGAAUGAAUGAGGGGACAUAUGCUUGGAAUUUCUCUGUUUGCUGUUGUUGUUUUAUAUUACUUUUAUCCCACUAUUUGUCCCUAUAGCUGUAUUUUUCUCUCAUUUUUACUCCUCUACCUCUUAAAUAAUAUUUGUUUUGUUCAUAAUAAUAAAUUCAUGGCGAAUGUUUAGUAUAUGUAAUUGUAAUUGUAAUGUAUCAAUAAAACAUCUGAGAUUAAUUUGUUUAUGGAUUUUUUUUCUUCGUGAUAAUUCAGAAUAUAAUUUUUAUUUAUUUAUUUUCUGUUUCUAGUUACUUUAUCCUUAGAAAGCAUGCCUUCUCCCCAUGUUUAAAUGGUCUAAAAAUUAUAUUUUUUUGGAAAAGUUUAAUUAGGCUCAUUAUUGGCUACUAGCUCGUGUUAUAAGGUCUAUAUAUGUUGUCAUUCACAAUAUUGACCAAUUAAUUGUAUGGCUGAAAGGUUCAUGCCUCAAAGUUCUUGCUUGGCUGCCUAUCAUUCUUUUUGUAAUGUGUUCCAUUCAGUAACACAAUCUUAUAUAUUCUUACAAAAAAAAAUUAGUGGGGUCCAUUGUUGACUAAAUUAGUUGCAAAAUGAUUUUCUGGAUGAAAUUUUUAAGAGGUACUAAUUUGUUACUUAUUUGUGAUCUUUUUUCUUUGAUUCAUAAUUAAACAUUUGAUACUCUAAAGUAUUUGACACUUGCAAUACAUCAUGGUGGAAUGUUCUUCACACCUUUUGGUAACAGAAAGUAUGAGGGUGGGAAGGUUAAUUUCUUUGACUGGGUUGAUAAGAGUGAGAUGAGCAGAAUAUUGAUAGAAGGAUUUGCAAUUGGUUUGGGAUACAAGCUUCCUUUUGGCAUGUUAUAUAAGCCAAAAGAUAAAGCUUUGAAGCAUGGAAGCAUGAUUCGAAGUGACAAAGAAGUUAAUGAAAUUUUGGAAGAAAUGGAGAUGAGGAAGUGGACAGUGAUGUCUGUGUAUCUUGUGAUGCCAGAAAUGACACAUGAGCUAGAAUGGAAAGUUGAUCCAACUACUGUUCCUCAUGUACCAACAGCCCCAAAGCUCAAGCACUGUGUGAUUGAGGAACUCCCACCAAAUUGUGAUGUUGUGCCUGAUGUGGUAGGGAUCCCAGUAAACAUGAACAAGGGAAAACAUGUUAAUAAAACAUGUAAGGAACCUGAGGUUGUUAUUCUCAGUGAUGACGAUUCAUCUGAGAAUGAUUUUGAAGAUGAUGAGGAUGAUUUUGAAGAUCAUCAGGGUGGUUCUAUAGAGGAGGGCGAAGGGUAUGAAGAUGAAGAUGGGUAUUGCACUGAUGACUAUGUUACUUUUCGGGAGAAUGAAGGGUGGGAUGAUCUAGAGGUUCAAGAUGCAGGGGAUGAUGCAUCCCCAAUUGAAAUACAAAGUCAACCAUAUCACCCAAAUGAAAUACAAAGUCAAACACAUGUCACAAAACCUAUAGACCAGUCCACUACAGACCAACCCACUACAAACCAGCCCACUACAAACCAGCCCACUACAGACCAAUCCACUACUAACCUGCCCAUUGUAGACCAAUCCACUACUGACUAGCCCACUACAAAUGAAGGGGAAUUUGAAUUUAAUGAGGAAGAGUAUGAACAAGAUUUGGAAACUAAGAGAAAUGUUGCCAAACCUAGUGACCCAAGUAGAUGGUGGGCUAGUGUGACCAAGUUUUGCAGCCAAGGUGGUGAGACAAAUGAACGUGAUGAUGGUUGUAUUGAGUCAGAGGAUGAUUUGGCGAGUUUAGCAAGUGAUGAUGAAGAAGGUGGUGUUAAGAAAAAUUCAACCAAAGAGUAAAAUCCAUUGUGUGAUAAAGAGACUUUUAACUUUGACGAGGGCAUGCUAUUUGCUAAUGUGGUUGUUUUUAGAAAAGCCCUUAAUGAUUACUUUCUUGCACAAAACAAGGAUUUCUAAUAUAUCAGUAAUGACCAAAGGAGGGUGAGAGCUAUUUGUAAAGGGACAUCAUGUAAGUGGUUAACAUAUGCAUUUAGGGUUAGUACAGACGGAACAACAUUUAGGGUCAACAAACUAGAGAAUGAACACACUUGUGGAAUAGUGCUGGAUAGUAGACUAGCAAAUUCAGCUUUUUUGUCCGCACACUUCCUCGAAACCUUUAGGUUGAACCCCAACUUACAUUAUACCGGGUUCAAGGAGAUGGUUUCCAACACAAAGUACUCUAAAGUGAGUAAGUGGUCCUUUUAUAGAGCAAAGGACAUGGCGUUGGCUAUGUUGGAAGGAAGUGUUGCUGAGCAGUAUGAGAUUCUUGAUGAUUACUGCAAUCGAUUAUUGGCUACUAAUCCAGGUAGUACUGCUAAGAUCAAGACUAAAAUGAUUGGAGAAAAAAGAGUGUUUGAGAGAGUAUAUAUUUGUUUGAAAGCAUGCAAAGAUGGAUUCAGAAAUAGUUGUAGACUGCUAAUUUGUUUGGAUGGUACUUUCUUAAAGGGUUAUUGCAAGGGGAUAUUAUUGGUGGUUGUUGGGAUAGAUGCUGAGAAUGCCAUUUUCUCUAUUGCUUAUGCUGUUUGUGAGAAGGAGACAAUAGAUUCUUGGUCGUGGUUUUGUGAUCUACUGAAGACAGAUUUGGAAAGUGAAAGGCCAGAUUUAUACACAUUCAUGAGUGACAAGCAAAAGGGCUUGGACAAUGCAGUUGGAAGAGUUUUCACAGGUUCAGAUGUUAAACAUUGUGUUAGGCAUCUUUACUCUAAUUUCAAGAAGAUUUUUCCUGAUUUGUUGAUGAAACAAAUGUCGUGGGUUGCUGCAAGAGCAACGAUUAUUGCUGAAUUUGAUAGAAGAAUGGUAGAAAUCAAAGAAGUCAAUGUCGCUGCAUAUAAUUGGUUAGUUGCAAAGCCACGUACAGAAUGGACAAAGGCUUACUUUUCUGAAGGUGUGAAGGGUGAUGAUCUUUUGAAUAACCUGUGUGAGUCUUUCAAUAAUGCCAUUACUGAUGCCAGGGACAAGUCAAUCAUAACUUUGUUGGAAAAGUUAAGGUAUUGGCUCAUGUGUAGGUUUCAAAAGAAAAGGGAGACUGUCACUAGAUGGAAUGAACCAGUAGGAAAAAACAUCAGGAAGCUCAUAGAGUAGAACAAGAAGUUUACUAAAAAUUGUUUGGUGACAAGGGCAACAAAAGUGAUUUUUCAAGUGGACUUUCCAGGCACUAUCAGCUAUGCAGUCAACCUAGUUGAGAAGACGUGUUGCUGCAAAAGGUACCAACUAAGUGGAAUCCCUUGUGGUCAUGCAUUAGCAUGCAUAUGUGAGGUAGGUCAUGAAGUUUGGGAUUACAUUCAUGACUGGUACAAGAAAGAUACGUUGUUGAAGGGUUAUGCGGGUGUGAUACACCCUAUGCUAGGUCUUAACCCAAUUGAACUGCCAGAGGAAACAAACAUGUCAGGGAGACCAAAAAAGAAUAGAAGAAGGGAUGCUGAUGAACCACCACCUGCAAAUACAACCAAGACAAGAAGAUAUAGAUAGGUGCAUAAAUGUGGCAAUUGUGGUGUAGCAGGCCAUAUUGCAAGAAAAUGCCAAACAACAAUUCCUCAAGUUUGUUAUCUCUGAAUUUUUUUUAGUUGCAUCUAUGUUUGUUUAAUGUUAUUGGUUAGUAACUAAUAAGAUAAAACUUGGUGAUUUGUAGGCGACUGUUCAGCCAAAGAAAAGGGAAAGGCCACCAUCCAUUAACCAAACUGAACAAACCAAGAAGAGGAAAGAGAGAUUGAGGAAACAAAGGCUGAGGGAGAAUACUGCUGGGGGAAUGGCUGAUGCUAAUAUAUAACAAUUUAGUGGAGAUAAAAACCUUUUGAUUAACUCAACUUUUAGAUUAACUUAACUUUUCUAACCUUUUGAUGCAAAUAGCAAUUAAGUUGGAGAUGUCAUCAUUUUGAGCCUCUAUGGUUUAAUUUUCUAAUGGUUCUCACUUGGUUAAUUUUCAUAUCAAUAGGCAACAUUGUUGUAUUUUGUAGUUGUCUUUGAUUCAUACAAUUCUCAAGUUAAGUAGGCUAUGUUAUCAUGGAAGCUUAUCUUGUAAAAUUUGACAGCAUACUUUUUACUAGUACCUACAUAUGGAUUUGUAAGUUUGAUACACUAUUAAGCUUUAUUCAAAUCAUGAUAAUUAGACUAUAAACUAGUAUUGACUUUCUUUAUCCUUCUCAUUAUGAAAAGGAAGCAAAUCUAGCCUUAUUCAUGCACUUUGCUUCUGGAGGUCCCCUAUUUUAAAAGGAAAAA